UACGGCCGGGGCAGUUGCUCCGCGGGCUGUGGAGGCGACAGGUCCCGGCGGCCCUGGGGCCAGAGCAGGGAGGACCGGCCCAGACCAUGGACGGCUCCUUCGUUCAGCACAGUGUGAGGGUUCUGCAGGAGCUCAACAAGCAGCGGGAGAAGGGCCAGUACUGCGAUGCCACCCUGGAUGUUGGGGGCCUUGUGUUCAAGGCGCAUUGGAGUGUCCUUGCCUGCUGCAGCCACUUCUUCCAGAGUCUGUAUGGUGAUGGUUCAGGGGGCAGUGUUGUCCUCCCUGCCGGCUUCGCUGAGAUCUUUGGCCUCUUGUUGGACUUUUUCUACACUGGUCACCUUGCCCUCACCUCGGGGAACCGCGAUCAGGUGCUCCUGGCAGCCAGGGAGUUGCGAGUGCCAGAAGCUGUGGAGCUCUGCCAGAGCUUCAAGCCCAAAACCUUGGUGGGACAGGCACCAAGUGGCCAGAGUGCGCUGGGAAUGCCUGCCUCCCGGGAUGUGAACAGCCACCUCAAGGAGCCGAUGGUCUUGGAGGAAGAGGAAGUUUCGAGGACUCUGGGUCUUGUCCCCAGGGAUCAGGGGCCUAGAGGCAGUCAUAGCCCCCAGAGGCCCCAGCUUCGUCCCCCUUCUCAGAGUGAGAGCCCUUCUUUCUGUGUGAAGCUCAAGCAGUCCUUGAAGCCAUGUCCCCCAGAUGACAAGGAGGCUGAGGACUGCAAAGUGCCCCCAAAGCCUUUCGAGGCUGAAGGUGCCCAGCUGCAGGGUGGCAGUAAUGAGUGGGAAGUGGUGGUUCAAGUUGAGGACGAUGGGGAUGGUGAUUACAUUUCUGAGCCCGAGACUGUGCUGUCCAGAAGGAAACCAAACAUAAUGAGAAAGCCCUGUGCUACUGAGCCAGCCCUGAGCACAGGCUCCCUCACCGUUGAGCCCGCUGAGAACAGAAAAGGUACAGCGGUGCCGGUUGAAUGCCCUACAUGUCAUAAAAAGUUCCUCAGCAAAUAUUACCUAAAAGUUCAUAACAGGAAACACACUGGGGAGAAACCCUUUGAGUGUCCCAAAUGUGGGAAGUGUUACUUUCGGAAGGAGAACCUCCUGGAGCAUGAAGCCCGGAAUUGCAUGAACCGCUCGGAACAGGUCUUCACGUGCUCCGUGUGCCAGGAGACCUUCCGCCGGAGGAUGGAGCUGCGGGUGCACAUGGUGUCCCACACGGGGGAGAUGCCCUACAAGUGUUCCUCCUGCUCCCAGCAGUUCAUGCAGAAGAAGGACUUGCAGAGCCACAUGAUCAAGCUGCAUGGAGCCCCCAAGCCCCAUGCAUGUCCCACCUGUGCCAAGUGCUUCCUGUCCCGGACAGAGCUGCAGCUGCACGAGGCUUUCAAGCACCGUGGCGAGAAGUUGUUUGUGUGCGAGGAGUGUGGGCACCGGGCUUCAAGCCGCAAUGGCUUGCAGAUGCACAUCAAGGCCAAGCACAGGAACGAGAGGCCAUAUGUCUGUGAGUUCUGCAGCCACGCCUUCACCCAGAAGGCCAAUCUCAACAUGCAUCUGCGCACGCACACGGGCGAGAAGCCCUUCCAGUGCCACCUCUGUGGCAAGACCUUCCGUACCCAAGCCAGCUUGGACAAGCACAACCGCACUCACACAGGCGAGAGGCCCUUCAGCUGCGAGUUCUGUGACCAGCGCUUCACCGAGAAGGGGCCCCUUCUGAGACACGUGGCCAGCCGCCACCAGGAGGGCCGGCCUCACUUCUGCCAGAUCUGCGGCAAGACCUUCAAAGCUGUGGAGCAGUUGCGUGUGCAUGUCAGACGGCACAAGGGGGUGAGGAAGUUCGAGUGCACUGAGUGUGGCUACAAGUUCACCCGGCAGGCCCAUCUGCGGAGGCACAUGGAGAUCCACGAUCGAGUGGAGAACUAUAACCCACGGCAGCGCAAGCUCCGCAACUUGGUCAUUGAGGAUGAGAAGAUGGUGGUGGUGGCUCUCCAGCCACCUGCAGAGCUGGAGGUGGGCUCCGCCGAGGUCAUUGUGGAGUCCCUGGCCCAGGGUGGCCUGGCCUCCCAGCUUCCUGGCCAGAGACUGUGUGCAGAAGAGAGCUUUGCGAGCCCGGGAGUCCUGGAGCCCUCACUCAUCAUCACGGCUGCUGUCCCUGAGGACUGUGACACGUAGCCCACCUGCCCACAUAGCCCACUUGGCCCCAGUCCUCAAUAAACCACAUGGUUUUGGACUCA